ACUGUAUCCACUCACCUCCAUAACUACAACUUCUCCUCUAAUUCCAAAGCUCAAACUUCUUCAUUCGUAAAAAUGGCAGCCGCAACCUCUGAUCAACCAAUUAAAGUCCUUAUUACCGGCUUCGGCCCCUUCCAAGCCCUCCACCCCUACCAAACUAACCCCUCCUGGAUCUUGGCCUCCCUCCUCUCCCCCACUCUCUCCUCUUCCUUCCCAAAUAUCCCUAUCCGCCUCCUUAUCCCUUCAACCCCCAUGCCAGCAGCCUACCACAAGAUCCUUGUCUCCGCCCCACAACUCAUCGCGCAGAACGAUCCCGAUAUCGUAAUACACAUUGGCCUCGCAGGGGAUAGAGAUUAUUUUGCCGUGGAAUUAGGUGCCCAGAAAGAGGGGUACCAUGAUGUGCCUGAUAUUGAUAGGAGGGUGUUUACGCGAGUGGAGAAUAAGAAGGGUUUUGGGAAGGAGGUAGGGGAGUUAAGGUCCGGGGUGGAUCUAGAGAGUGUGGUGAGGGUUUGGGGGCAGAGGUUAAAGGGUUUGGAUAUGCCGGCGAAAGAGCAGGGGAAGAGUACGGGGGCUGGGGAGGGAGGAAAUGUGGAUGUGAGGUUGAGUGAUGAUGUGGGGAAUUUCGUUUGUGGAUUUAUUUAUUAUGUUAGCCUUUUGGAGAUGCAGAAGAAGAAGGGGACGAGGGAUGUGGUGUUCCUCCAUGUUCCGAUGUUGGAGAGUAAGGAAGAAAUUGGGGUUGGAGUUAGGGUCACUGAAGAGUUAAUUCGGGCAGUGGUGGAGGUUUGGUGGGAGGGGAGGAGAUAAGAACGAGGCGGAAAGUGCGGGUAGUAUUGGAACGAACAAGAUAGCAACUGGAGUCUAAAAUCGAGCCCCGACCACACCAACUACACUUAAGAGAUUUGCUUGAACGAGUAAACCAAAGGAGGCAGAGGCAUCGUUGGUUUAUUGCCGAGCAAUAUUACCCUGUUCCUUCAAGUACUAGUGGAUGACUCAGUCACGACUAUGCUUUCCUUUUGACCAUCAACAAAACCCC